UUUUUUUUUUUAUAAAUCAUCUAGAAAAUACGUAGUAGGACAUGAUAAUAAAGAACACGAUUAUUAUCAUUGUUUUAAUUAUACUGGCUUCUUUAACAUGGUCUUUGAUAAAUAAGCCAUUCAAGAUAAGGUUAUCUAUCAAAAAAAUAAAUAAUUAUAAAGAAGCAAACAUUGUGACACCAGAAGACGAUUAUUAUCAUCAUCCAUAUUCUGAAAUUGGUGAAAGAUAUCUAACGUACUUACCACAUUCAGGUCUUCAUAAUCAACGUAUUGCCUUAAUCAAUGCCCUUCUUUUGGCGAAAGCUCUUAAUCGUACCCUUCUGAUGCCUGAACUUAAUAUUGGUAAGGGAGCCUUUUGGAGCCCGUUUCAUGUACUAUCGAGACAAAUCGAUUUAUGUCCCUCUAUUGUUAAACAAGGUAGACAAGAUCUUAUCGUGUCUACAAAAUGUUAUGGCUAUAGAAAAUAUAAGCCUGUUCCGAUGGAAUCCAUCUUUGAUUUAACAACAGCGUAUCAACUGGGUAUUCGUGUUGAAUCUCGAGAGGACAUGAGUCGUGAUUUUAUUAAACACCAUGCACGCUUGCAUCAUAUAUCGCCCAUAAAGUAUAGUUUGAACGAUUCAGUACGUUACUCUUAUCAAAUUCAUGAUCAUCAUCUUGAUCAGUGGCAGCCACAACCUGGGGAUGGCGAUACCUAUAAAUAUGAUUCUCAUAUUGAUUUGGCUUCUUUACGUAACCGACCGGAGCCUUAUCUCGAAUUCGGCUCACUCUUUGGUACGACAAGACUGAUUUUAAGAGAGCCGGAAUUAAUGUGGAUCAGAGAAUAUCUGCACAGAACAACAGCUAUCAAUCAUCCCGUUGUGAAUGAACAAAGUCAAAGGAUUCAAGAAGAAUUAAAUUAUGAUUAUGUAAGUGUUCAUUUACGUCAGGGAGAUGGUGUCUUUCUAGAGAUGACAGAAGAAACGAUUGGUGAAAUAGAAAUAGCUUUAAGUGAGCAACUAGCAACUGUAUCUCAUUCUUCAACAAGGAAAGAAGAAGACUCACAGAGAAAGAUGACAGAAGAAGAUAGACUAUCUCGAGCUCAAUUAGUGACUCAAUCAUUAUUAACUCAAUCCAAUAUGACAACUCGAGAAAGACUUGGAGAAUGUCUCUCUGUCAGGGAUCUACAAAUUCCUCGGUUACAAAUUAUUUAUUUAGCUACAGAUGCUUUAGAACCGAAAAGGCAAUUUUCGGAAUUAUUUGAACAUUAUCCAUGUAUUUUCACACUCAAUGAUUUUUAUAAUGCCAAGACAAAAAAUAAGGAAUCCAUUGAAAGUUUUUUACUACCUAUGAUUGAUGCAGAAGUAGCAUCACGUGCAAAAUUAUUUAUUGGUACACCAAAGAGUACAUACUCUGCUUAUGUACGUUAUCGUAAUCAACAUCAUCGUCAUCUAGAGUUCUUUACUCCUCAAUAAGCCAAAUCAUCUUCAGAGGACUAUAUUAUAAAUCACUGUAAAUAAUAUUACUCGUGUAUAAUUAAAUAAUAAAUAGUUUAAACAUACAUCUUCAUCAAAAUUACUA